AUGACAUGUAUUAUCGUCACGUUUAAGCCUCAUCAUAUCCGCACAGGUGAUACAUUUAGUCCGCUCUCAUCUUUAUCUCCAAGUUUGUCAAUACCAAAUGAAAAAUCGCCUUGGCAAUCGAUGUUUAAUAAUCCAAUAACACCAGAAGCAACCUCAACAACAAAACGUUCAUUAUCACCAGAUUGUGUAACUUCAACUGGAAAUGAAAUUAAAAAACAAAAAUUAGUUGAAAAUACAACGACCACCACCAAUGGUACGUUAAACAAUAAUAAUGAAGAUGAUAGAACAGCAACAUCGUCUUCUUCAAAACAAACUUCAAUUUCAUCGACACUUGACAAUGGAGAAAAGUAA